CUUAGUUUGGUUUUGGAAGCCGUGCCUGAUAAGUGUCUUUAGUCGGUACCUUCAAUGUGGAAAGCUGGUAAAAAUAUAUUUCAACAAGUGACUAAACAGUCAUUUAGGACUUCAACUGUCAUACCUCAGACGACAAAUGUUCGAUAUCAAGCCACACAAACAGAAACUCCGUCACCACAACUGCCUACAUCAGCAGAUGUGAUCAUUAUUGGUGGCGGUUCGGCUGGUUGCCAUGCAUUAUACCAUCUCGCAAAGCGUGGAGUUAAGGCUGUACUACUGGAACGUGCUAAGUUGACAGCUGGUACAACUUGGCAUACUGCUGGCUUAGUAUGGAGAUUGCGACCGAAUGAUGUUGACACUCAAUUACUGAACAACUCAAGGAAUAUGCUUUUGCAAUUAGAAGAAGAAACUGGACUCGAUCCAGGUUGGAUACAAAAUGGUGGCAUAUUCAUAGCACAUUCAGAUACUCGUCUAGAUGAAUAUCGACGAUUGGCUACAGUUGGUAAUGCUUUAGGUAUUGAAAAUCAUGUACUCUCACCGGUGGAAACUCAAAAAUUAUUUCCAUUACUUGAUCCUAAAUCAUUUAUUGGUGCACUCUAUUCCCCUGGCGAUGGUGUUGUUGAUCCAGCUAUGCUCUGUACUGCUUUAACACGUGCAGCUACCAAGAAUGGUGCCAAAGUUAUAGAAAAUUGUUCCGUUAACGAUUUAAUUGUGGAGUCUACAGAAAAAGGCCAGAAACUUAUUGGAGUAGCAACACCAUUUGGAAAUAUAAAAACAAAUACAGUUAUAAAUGCUACAGGAGUAUGGGGUCGUGAUUUAGUUAAAAAAUAUGGUUCACAUUUGCCUUUGAUACCAAUGAAACAUGCCUAUAUUGUAUCUGAGUCAAUACCCGGUGUAAGAGGUUUACCUAAUAUACGUGAUCAUGAUUAUUCCACAUAUUUCCGCAUACAAGGCGAUGCCAUAUGUAUGGGAGGAUAUGAACCAAAUCCGGUUUUACUUGAUGAACCUGUACCAAAAGAUUUUCACUUUGGACUCUAUGAUUUGGAUUGGUCGGUAUUUGAUACCCAUAUAACUGGUGCCACAAAAUUAUGUCCUACUUAUGGUAAAUAUGGUGUUAAGAGUACAGUGUGUGGACCAGAAUCUUUUACACCAGAUCAUAAACCACUUAUGGGACCUGAUAUGAAUGUUGCAGGACUUUAUCAUAGUUGUGGUUUUAAUUCUGCAGGUAUGAUGUUCGGUGGUGGUUGUGGUGAGCAAAUUGCACAGUGGGUUUUAAAUGGUAAACCAGAUUUGCCAAUGUUUGGCUUUGAUCUGAGACGUUUCACUGCAAACCAAAGUAAAGCGACGCAAUGGAUAAGAGAAAAGUCACAUGAAAGUUAUGCAAAGAAUUAUAGCAUGGUAUUUAAAUAUGAUCAACCAUUGGCUGGACGUAAUUUCCAAAUUGAUCCUUUACAUACGGACAUGUUAGCAUAUAACGCUUUCAUGGAAGAGAAGCAGGGUUGGGAACGCCCAGGAUUCUUCUUGACCAAACCAGCUGAAGUUUUAUCUUAUGAUUAUUAUGGAAGUUAUGGAAAUCAGAAACACAAGGAUAAUGUAUACGAGCAUGUGUUGGAGGGUGAUUUGCAUUACGGUCGUUUUUCUGAUCAUCAUAAUUUGAUAGGUGCAGAGGCUAUGGCUUGCAGAAAUAAUGCUGUCGUCUUCAAUAUGAGCUAUUUUUGUAAACUCUAUUUGGAAGGACCACAAGCACAAAAAGCUGCGGAUUGGAUUUUUACUGGAAACACAAAUCGUGAUGUUAAAAAAACUGUUUAUACCUGCGCUCUCAACGACUGCGGUGGAGUGGAAGCCGAUGUAACAGUUUCACGUUUAGAAUCGGGUGCAGGCACAGUGCUCAGCCCAAAAUUGAAUGGACAAGGACACUAUAUAGUAGCUGGUGGUGCUUCUGCCUAUUACACAUAUAAUACCAUUUUACGUGAAAUACAAAACAAAGGCUUUAAUGCAACAGUACAAGAUGUAACCGCUGAUUUGGGUGUAAUUUCAAUACAAGGUCCCAAGAGUCGACAAAUUUUGCAAAAAAUUAUGAAUUGUGAACUGUCCGAUACGAAUAUAGCACCAAAUGGUACUAUAUUAGCUAAAGUAACUGAUAAGUCCGGUAAACGUCAAAUUGAUGUACGUGUAUUACGUGUAAGUUUUGUUGGUGAACUUGGUUAUGAAUUGCAUGUACCAAAGGAAGAUUGUUCUGCUGUGUAUCAAUCGCUAAUGGAAACAGGCAAAGCUGAUGAUUUACGUAAUGCUGGCUACCGUGCUUUAUAUUCUCUGAGUAGUGAAAAAGGUUAUCAUUUGUGGAGUUUUGAUUUGCGUCCAGAUGAUACACCAAUUGAGGCAGGAUUAGGUUUUACGUGUCGUAAGAAUGGAGAAUAUAAAGGUAAAGCUGCUAUAGAUAAACAACGUUCGGAAGGAAUUCGCAGACGUUUAGUUUAUUUAACACUAAAAGAACAAGUACCAAUUUGGGGUCUGGAAGGUGUGUAUCGAAAUGGUGAGCCAAUUGGCAUACUUAGACGAGCUGAAUAUGCGUAUGCUUUGAAAAAAUCAUUGGGUCAAGCUUAUGUGCAAACUAAAAAUAAUGAUAUUAUUGACAACAAAUUUAUAACUUCAGGAGAAUACGAGAUUGAUAUAUUAGGCAAACGCUAUAAGGCUGAUUGUCACUUAAGAAGUCCUUUCGAUCCAGAAGGUAAACGCAUUUUAGGUAUAUAUAAUUAGAAAUUCAAAAAAUCAUUUUAUGAUGUACUUAAAGAGAGUUUUAAAUAUUAAAUAUAUUGUUA